AUUGACAUUUGUCACACAAAUAUUUUGAGGUUAUGAGUGCUUAAGUUUCGAGUAAAACCUGAGUUAUUAAUUAUUGAAUAUCGUUAUGGCACUCAGCUAUAACAUUUUCCCGUUAAUGAGAAGAGCGGUUUUGUCUGAUUUUAGGACAUGCCUUCGUUUUUAUUCUGAUCAAACUGAAGAAACUGGUGAAGAACAGAAACCAAUUGAUCCUUCUAAGGACAGAACCAAAAUUAUCCCUGUUGAGACUAGCAUCAGAUAUAUGCAAAGCAAAGCUUAUCAGCAAACAUACGGUGAAAAUACCAUAUGGGCUCUGUAUCGCCGUAACCACAAAGGAGGUUUUGCACCUCGAAAAACCAGGAAGUCUUGUGUUCGAAACGGCAUCAUUUCUACGGGGAACCCUUGUCCUAUUUGUCGGGAUGAGUAUUUAGUGCUGGAUCACAGGAACACUAAACUGCUUGAACAAUUUAUAUCAGAAUACACUGGACAGGUAUUAGAUGCUUUCAAAACUGGACUGUGCCAAAAACAACAUAAGCAAUUGCUUGUAGCCAUAGAAAGAGCAUGGGACCAUGGCUACCUCACCUAUGAUGUACCAUUCAGGGAAUAUGAUUACUCAUUAUACAAUAAAAACACCACUUCUGUGUAAAUUCAAUAUAAUAUCUUAGAUCUUAGUUACAUAAAUAUAGAAACACAAAGUAAA